GGUUGCGAGAAGAUAAAGCACUACUGCCAGUUUUCUAUUUACAUAUAUCUUAAAGACUGACAAAAUGUUCAAAAUUUCGCCAAAAUUACUUAUAGUGCUUGUGAUUUGUGUUUUCGAAGUCACACACGCAGCAUACGCCUCAACAGCCCCAAUGGAACAUAGGUCCCUGGAAAUUCCACGAAGGCGUCCAUUUGGAAUACUUGGAAUUGGAAAUGCGCUGGGCUGGUUGCUUGCAAUCAAGGCGAAAAUCGUGCUAGUGGUGAUUGCAGUCGCAGCGGCAAUGGCUUAUAGUGCCAAAUUUUGGGGCCCUGGAUACUGGGGUUGUUCGACUUCGUACUCAAGUGCAGGUGAGCCCUGGGUGGAGGAAUAUCCCGGACCGGGAGGUCCUGGAAAGACUCUCGAAGAACGGUCCGACAAUGGAAUUGAAGUUGAAUCUCUCACGUCAAGAGUUAUGAGAGGAAUUGAACUGGCUAACUUUGGCUACAAGGCGAUCACUGAAAGCGGCGAUGAGACCGCGUGCAGAGCUCGUUUGGCUUGCGAGGCGCGACAAAUUGCCAAGGAAAGUCCACCUCUGGCGAAAAUGAUCAAAGUUUUUGGUUCAACGCUGAGGUCUUACGAAUCUGGAGAGACGAAUGAUUGCGAGCAAAUUGGAUGCUCUUCAAUCAGGGUUAAGAACUCUGAAAGUGAUAAAAAUAAUCCUGCGAACUCAACCCGUUUAACACUAGAUGAGCGACCAAGGAAGGAACUUGGCAAUUUCUAUAAAUGAUGAAAAUUUGUUCUUUAUGCUAUAUCAAAUAUUAAUUAUUUUUGUCUCUUGAAACACUAGUGUUCAUUCUUAUUUAUUUAUUUCACAAUUUCAUUUUGUCACAUUUUAUUUUUAGUAAUUCAAGGAAAAUUGUCAGAAGCAAUAAAGAGACUUUUUCUUAUCUAUAGCAAC